UUUUAUUGGCAAAGCUGUCAUUCAAAUGAAGCUACCAUUGUCAUGCGUGUUCGGUGUUUGUUCCGUCAACAGAAAUUAUGCGAAUUCGAAAUUUUUUAUCGUGGCUCCGAUGAUUAGUUUGCCCUGAGUGAAAUUCUACCCUUCAUGGGCGUACUUGGGCCUACAGUGAACUUCAAGUUGUUACUCAAGGGAAGUAUUUCACCAGAGCUGCGGCAAGACAAUGACGGACAACAAAGAUAAUGUAAAUUGGAGUAGAUUUGGUUUGGAUCCUGUUGGGCGAUCAGAGCCUUCUCCUCCAAGAUCACACGGCGAUCAAUCGGUAGAAGUAACAGCCAGUGGAAGUACAUCUUGUGGUAAUCCGAAUGUCAAAGAUCUCUUUGACGAAGAUCAGGGGGAUCAAGUGUCUCAGAAGCCAUGGUGGAAGGCAAACUUCUUUGUGAGAGAGCCAGUAUUAUUCGGAACAUGGGAUGGUGUAUUUACAUCAUGUAUGCUGAACAUUUUUGGUGUGGUGAUAUUUCUCAGAACAGGAUGGAUGGUGGGUAAUGCUGGCAUUGGGCUGUCAUUAUUGAUUAUUGUGUUAACUCUGCUGGUUGCUCUGGCUCCAGCACUAUCAGCCAUUGGUGUGUGUGAGCGCUGUCAUGUGGAAAGUGGUGGUGUGUACUUCCUCUUAGCACAUGUUCUAGGCCAGCGAAGUGGAGGAACUGUUGGAAUUCUUUAUUCUUUUGGAAUGGCUGUUAGUAUUUCAUUAUUUUGUGCUGGAUUUGGUGAAUCCCUGGCAGAGACCACAGGCUGGGAGGGGCCAUGGGCAGUCCGUGUGAUUGGUCUGAUCACUUCUCUCAUCCUAUUGGUUGUUGUUCUUGCUGGUGUCAAAUGGGUCGUCAAACUGCAGCUUCUCCUUCUUGCUAUCCUGAUGCUCUCUGUACUUGACUUCCUUGUUGGCACCUUUGCACAUACUGAUUAUUCUGCUGGGUUCACUGGCUACAGAACGGAAAAUAUGGAGAAAAAUGCUCCACCCAAGUUCUCCGAAGGACAGAAUUUCUUCUCUGUGUUUGGCGUUUUCUUUCCCAGUGCAACAGGAGUACUGGCAGGAAUCAAUAUGAGUGGAGACCUUAAGGAUCCUUCAAGUAAUAUUCCGGCAGGAACACUUGCGGCGUUAGGAUUUAGUGGAAUGCUGUACAUCUUGUUUGCUGUGUUACUUGGAGCAGUUUGCAGCCGCUAUGCUUUGCUCACAGACUAUAUGAUAGCAUCUAAGGUGUCUCUAGUUGGUGUACUGUUCCUCUUUGGUUUGUAUGUAUCCUCCCUUUCGUCCUGUCUUGGUGCUCAAUAUGGAGCCCCGCGAGUGUUACAAUGCAUCAGCAAGGAGAAUGUUGUACCUCUUAUUAAAUCACUCGGCAAAGGGCGUGGUCCAAAUCAGGAGCCGUAUGUAGCUGCAAUAUUUGUGGCCGUGAUUGCCAUAUCAUUUAUAAUGAUCGGUAACCUGAACGCUUUAGCUCCUAUCGUAACAAUGCCAUUCCUACUCACAUACGCUGCUAUUGAUUAUGCGUACUUCAAACUGGCCAUGAGCUACGAUAUACGACAACAGCAGAAAUUGCUUGAACGAAAACCGUCAUCGGAUCUGAAGAAGUCGCCAGAAAGUCGGUUGAUUUCGUCUGACUUUCAAGACAGUGGAAAGAAGUUGAGUUACGGCAGCAGUUCUGAGGAAAAAUAUGAUUUGGGAGAAGUGAAAUUUGGCGGGCAAGAUGCCAUGGAGAAGGAUGACUCUCAGGAGAAGGAAAAUAAGAAUAAAGAUGACAAUUGGUUUGAUUACAACUCGCCACUGGAUAUGCCAGAGCACGAUACAGCAGAGACGAAAGUUAAUUUGGAGGGCAAAGAUGGCGAAAAAGAGGAUACAGAAGUGUUUAAGGAUACAACAAAAUUGUUGCAGAAUGGGAGCAAUAAAGACAAGGAGGACACACUGAGAGAAAGAAGAAAAUCGGACGAAGCAGAUCGAGAGAAAAUUAAAGAACGCAGAAGAAAAGAGGAGUACUACAAUGAAGAGCAUCAGAUCAAAUGGGAAAUAGAAAAACAACCCUCUUCUUAUUAUUCAGAUUUAUGUAAUCGAUGGGUGUCUUUAGCUGGGGCGUUUGCCAGUAUAUUAAUUAUGUUCCUUAUUAACUGGGGCUACGCCCUCGCCAACAUCUCAUUGGCGUUAUUAGUGUACAUAUAUAUUGGUCAAGCAAACCCAGGAUUAUCAAAAGGAGUUGCUUCAGAUUUCGUGUUCUCUAAGUGGGUUCAAUCCUUGUGGGACAAGCUUACAAGGAAAGAAUCUUCACAACAACAAAUCGUUGUACCGAUCAGCGGUAUUCCUUAUCAGAUGUCCACCUAUCAGCUGACAGAAGAGAACACAGACUUUUCGUACCGAGAUAAACGGCACCAGUCCUCUAUGGUAACAAGCAUCGGACCCCAAUGACGUGAUAAUGUCAGGAGAUCAAGAGGAGGAAAGGUUCUUUUUCGGAGAAGUAUUUAUUGCGUUACUUCGCUUAUAAAAGUCAAUAACUGUGCAGUUAUGGUCAUUUUGUUAAAUAAUUUCUUCGGACACUUUUCUGAAACCUCCAUUGACAGAGCUGCUUUAAGUUCUAGUUAGUUAUUUAAAAAGCUGUCGAAUUUCAAUCGUUUUUGUUACAUAUUUGUUCCAAUUCAUUUUCGCAAAUGCCACAAAUCUAGUUCAGUCAUUUUUUUGAAUUUUCGAGUUUACUGGUCCCGCGAUGAUGAUGAUUAGAAUGAAUAAUUAGUGAAAAAUGGUUUACCUGAACGCACAACAGACUUAUUUGUAAAAGGGAAUUUAUCAUUUUGGGUGAGUUAGAGCUUAAAGAAUUUUGAAAAUACAAAUGGUUAUGAAAUUGUUAUAAAUAUUAGGUUGAAUGUAAGGUUUGUUUUGUAAAUACUUGGAAGAAUUUAUUUAUAUUGUAGGAUACUUAAUUUUCUGAAGCCGUCGAUCCAAACAGAUCCAUAGGGUGUAUUUAGGUUCAAAAUGAAGAAUGUUUCAUCGGAAAAUUUUAAUUUAUUGACAUGUGCAGAAGUUUUAUUUUUUUCCUAUUUUGUUUGAAAGGGUAAAUACAUGAAAAAUAUGUAUAAAAAGAUUGAACAAAAACGGAGUGACAAACAUUUGAGGAAAUGCUAGGUAUUUAUUAAUUUAUCCUCAAGGGUUACUGAUUUCGACCGUUUGUAGCUGAGAAAUUCAAGUAGUCCUUUUAUUCAAGGCUUUUGUUACUUCUGUAGAAGUGGUAUUCUAUUUGCUUACAGAGCGGUUUUUUGUUGAGUGUCAUCAUGGAAAUCUUGGAGAAUACCAAGGAUCACUGUAGCCAAUCAAUGAUGACAUUACAUUGAAAUAAACGAAUGAGAACGCGAAGAAGAUACUUGUGAUCAGGGCCUUAGUCAAGCGCGGGAAAACCGGCGCGUGGGAGUGCCUUUACAGCAGAAUUUUUAUUUAGUAGUCUCCUUUAUCAAUUUUUUUGCAUACCCAAACCUGGUCGAGAAAGUGGCGUGAGAUUUGAACCAUAGAGCCCGAUGAGGCAAAUCUUAAGCAAAAUCAAGAUUCCUCGCACUUAACAGUAAACCGCUCAAUCGGGAGAAAAUUUAGCGGGCGAAAGACGUGUAGAGGUAGGAACUUUACACACGAAGAAACAGAAUCCCAAAUUGAAUUAACUGAAUUAAUUUCUUGUCAUUUUGAAUCACUGGCUCAAAGUCAUGAACUCCAAAAAAAAAAAUGUGAAAUUAGUAUCCAAGACAGUUCUGUUUCUUGACUUAUUCUAUGAGUGUUCUUUGUGUUACCUUUCCAUCUUUGACUUUGUUCUCAAUGACAAAUCAAUUCACGUUUUUUCGGUGUCUAUUUAUCCCUUUUCUGAAAAGUGUUUUAAAGUAGAACUCAGUUGACAAGUCUGUUUCUGUUGUUAAUGCUUUGUUCGCAAAGUGAGCGGCCGUUUUUCUCGUAGCCUUUUAACAUAUCAAAACUCGAAGGCAGCUGAAAUUCUUUAAACAACAUAGGAUAGCGAGAAUUCGGACAGAAUUUGCAGUAAGCAAUAUUUUUUUUAAAAAAACUACGUCUUCAGGGCGUGGUACGAGCUGCUCUCGAAAGCGUUUUUGAUGUAAAUUUUUCGUGAGAAAGUAAUCAAUAAUUUACUUAAAAUAAUUUGUCGAGAAUCUUCCGAAGAGCUUGGUGCCGGCGGCUGCACCUUAUUAGUUUUUGCUUUUUUCUCUUUUUGCACUUAUAAUAAACGUCCACAUAGAUAGGCUUAAACAUUGCUUGUGAACAAAGAUUUAACAACAGAAGAUCAAGAACAAACUUGUUUUAAAAUCUUUAACUUUCUCUGGAACUGUUGUGGAGAGUUAACCUUGAAGUUCAUAAUGGAAUGAAAUAAACU